GCUGAACAUGAAUUAAUUCGUAAAGUUGCAGUAGAGGCAGGUGCAAGUGAUGCGGUACCAUCGGCACAUUGGGAGUUAGGAGGAGAGGGUGCAAUAGAAUUGGGGAAAGCGAUCAUUAAGGCGACAAAUGAUAAAGAGGAGAAACGAGAAUUCAGGUUUUUAUAUGACGUAAACAAGCCAAUUGUCGAAAAAAUUGAGAUUAUUGCAAAAGAAAUGUAUGGAGCUGAUGGAAUAGAGUUGAGUGAGAAAGCUAUGGAAAAAGUUGAAAGAUAUACUAAACAGGGAUUUGCAAAUUUACCAAUAUGCAUGGCCAAAACGCAUUUAUCACUUUCACAUGAUCCAACACUUAAAGGCGUGCCUACAGGAUUUACGGUAACGGUACGAGACAUUCGAGCAUCAGUUGGAGCAGGAUUUUUAUAUCCAUUGUUAGGGGAAAUGCAAACUAUGCCCGGAUUAUCUACUCGUCCGUGUUUCUUUGAUGUUGAUUUAGAUACAAAAACUGGAAGAAUACAUGGACUAUUUUAA